CCUUCGCCGGAGUCGAGGCCCAUUACCAGCUCUCCGGCGUGCUUCACCCCACCCAUAGCCUCGCUCUGCUCCGUUCCGAGCGCCUCUUGGCCUCCAUCGCCGCCGGCGCCGCCCCCUCCCCAACAUCCUCGAGCUCCUCCUCCCGGGUGUACCAUCUGACGGAAUACGGCGCUGAUCCCACCGGCAAAACGGAUUCAACGGCCGCGAUUGCUCGCGCCCUCUCGGACGCCUUCAGACUACCGUCCAACCGAUCCCUCUACGCAGGAAUCGCCGAUCUCGGCGGCGCAGAGAUCCAUCUCGACGGCGGUUCCUACUUAAUCAGCAGCCCCAUCACUCUCCCUUCCUCUCCCGCAGGCAAUCUCAAGAUCCACAGCGGCUCAUUGCUAGCUUCCGAUGACUUCCCAACAAACAGAUACCUAAUUGAGCUGUGGUCCUCAACCUCCACCUCCUCCUCCGCCUACAGCUACGAAUACAUCACCCUCGCCGGCCUCCUCCUCGACGGCAACUACCGCUCCGGCGGCAUCGCCGUCGUCGAUUCCCUCCGCACCCUCAUAGACGGCUGCUACAUCGUCCACUUCUCCACCGACGGCAUCUGGAUCAAAGACGGCCACGAAACCUUCAUAACCAAUUCCUUUCUCGGUCAACACAUCACCGCCGGCAGCGAUCCCGGCGAGCGUAACUUCUCCGGCAACGCCAUCCGCCUCUUCGCCAACGACAAUACCGUCGCCGACGUCGUCAUUUUCUCCGCCGCUAUUGGAAUUCUCGUCGCCGGCCAGGCU